AUGGGAAAGAAGGUUAAAAUCGGAAAACAGCGUCGUGAUAAGUAUUACAAGCUCGCUAAAGAAGCUGGAUACCGAUCACGUGCCGCUUUCAAAUUGGUCCAAUUGAACAAACGUUUCGAAUUCUUGCAAAACUCACGAGCAACUGUCGAUUUAUGCGCUGCGCCAGGAGGAUGGAUGCAAGUCGCAUCCCAAUUCAUGCCAGUUUCCAGUUUGAUUGUUGGUGUCGAUUUGGCACCAAUUAAACCAAUCAAAAAUUGUAUUGCACUUCAAGGAGAUAUUACAACAAAUGAAACUCGUGCUGCAAUCAAAAAAGAACUCAAAACAUGGAGUGUGAGUAGUUAUUCUGAAAUUUGAGGAAAGCUGAAAUAUUUUCUCUUUUCAUUGAAAAUUUCGAUAGUCUGUUUUAGAUUUUGAGCUGAUAAUUAGAUGAUAGAUUUCCGGUGGUAAAAUGGUCAAAGAUCGAUAAAAAAUCUCCAAAAUGAAAUGUAUUUGGCAGUUUAUUUUCUAAUUGUGUGAUAGCUCACGUUAUAAACAUAUUUUGAUUCUACUCAGAGAUUCGCUGGCCAGCUCGCCACCAGGUGGGGAGGCUGGCUGACCUGGGAACCACAUGGAAACCAUGUCGCCCGGUUUUUUUCGUUGGCAAGGUGGCCAGGCUCUGGCUAGGUCAAGCCCACAUGGUUACCACGUGGUGGCCACUUCGCCUCGUCAAAAUGAAUUUUCAUGCAAAUGUCUGAAAAACUUAUGAAUUGAGGCAUUUUCGAAAAAUUCGGCUCAUUUUCUGUUUUUUCGCAGCACGUGAAACCUUAGGAAGUGAAAAAACAGUAGAAAAUGCAGUGUUUUGAGUACAAACCACCGUCUUGCCAGCUUUCCAGGAUUUCAAACACACAGACCACGUCGCCGGAAAACUCAAUGCGACCUGGCGGCCAUGCGGUUUCCAGGUGGCCUAGCGAUCUGGUGGCGAUCUGGCCAGCGAAUCUCUGAGUAAUUUUCCUUCGAACAUUUCUAGUUUUUAAAAAUCUUGCAUUUGGAGACUAGGUGGUUUCUGAUUCUUGACAUUUUUAAAAGUUUUGCAUACUGGAAAUGAUUCACCAGCCUGCUCUGAGCAUUUUCACAUCGAAAAACCUCCGCUUCCUUCAGUUAGGCUAAAAAUAGUAUUUCGAAAUGUCCAAUGAAACCAAAUAUCAAUAAAUCAAUCAAUAUAUAUAUAUUUCCAGGCUGAUUGCGUUCUUCAUGACGGUGCUCCAAAUGUCGGUCUUAACUGGGUUCACGAUGCUUUCCAACAAAAUUGCCUCACACUUUCCGCUCUCAAAAUGGCCACCCAAAUUCUUCGCAAAGGCGGUACCUUUGUCACCAAAGUUUUCCGUUCCAACGAUUAUUCGUGUCUUAUUCGAGUUUUCGAAAAACUUUUCAAACGUGUUCACGUCUGGAAACCAGCCGCUUCUCGUCUCGAAUCUGCUGAGAUUUUCGUUGUUUGUGAAGUUUAUUCGAAACCGGAUAAAGUUGGACCAGAAUAUUUGGACCCGAAAAAAGUAUUCGCGAAUCCAGAUGGAUGGGAGGGAACAAAGCCAAAUCCGCAAAAUUUAUUGAUUGGAAAACAGAAGAAAACUAAAGCAGAAGGAUAUGAUACAAAUGCUUUGGCUAUUCAUGAAACUAUUAAUGCUACAGAUUUCAUUAAUUCAUCGCAAUAUUUGGAUAUUCUUGGAACAGCCAGUGUUAUCAAAUUGGAUAAUGAAAAAUGGAAAACACACGAAAAAACAACUGAAGAAGUUAUCGAAUAUAUGAAUGAUGUGAAAGUUUGUGGUCCAAGAGAACUUCGAGUUCUUUUAAGAUGGAGAAAAUACAUGUUAGAAAUGAUUGAAAAAGAGAAGAAAGAAGCGGAAGGAGAAAAUAAAGAAGAAGAAAUUGAAGAGGAACUUGAUGCUGAUCAAAUUGAAGAUCGUGCAAUGGCUGAAAUCGACGAAAUGAUUGCGAAAGCCGGUGAAGACGAGAUUUCUGCGUUGAAAAAGAAGAAAAAGAAGAUGUUGAAGGCUAAAGCAAGAGUAUUGAAAAGACGAGAAUUGAAAAUGAUUAUUGAUGGAGAUGAAGGACCACAAGCGCAAGAUCAAGAAGUUUUUGAUUUGAAAAAGAUCAGAAGAGUAAGUGAUGAACAAAAAAUGAAAUAUAUACUUUUUGGUAGAUUUUGACAUAGUAAUGUUCUCAAAAACUGCUUGGUUAGAUUCUGAUGUUGUUUUAAAGAACUUGUAGUAUAUAACUUAUCAAAAAUGUUUCAGGCUCGAGAACUCUACGAAUUGACAAAAGACAACACACAGGCCCCAGAUUAUAGUUUGGAAGAUGACGAUGAAGAAGGUUUAGGAGAUGGAGAAUGGGAAACAUUGGAAGGAGAAGAAAAUGAGAAUUUGAGAGAAGAUUCGGAUGAUGAAGAAAAUGAUUUGAUUGUGACGACGAGAAGUAAUUUGAAUAAGGAAGAGAAAAGACAUGUGAGAACUGAUAGUUGGUUUGAAAAAGAGGAAAUUAGUGGACUUCUUUCGGAUGAAGAUGAUGAUGAUGAAAUGAAUGCAAUUGAAAAACAUAUGAAGAAAACAACUGGAAAAGAUAAAUAUCAAAAUACUGUGUCAUUUGAGAAUGAGAAAAAUAAGAAAAAGAAGAAGGAUUCGGAAGAUGAUGGUUUCAAUACUAAAGAUUCUGAUGAUGAGGAAGAAAAAGAGAAAGAAGAAGGAGAUUCUGAUAUGGAAGAUGAUUUAGCGAAGGAAAGAAUGAGCAGAUUUGAUGCACAAAUUGAUAUGGAUGAUGAAGAAGAAGAAAGAUAUGAUGAUGGAGAUAAUCGAGCAACAAAAAGAAAAGCGGAUAAAAUGAUAAUUGGUGAAGAUUUGAAAGUUGUGGCAAAGAAAAAGAGAUUGACACCAGAACAAUUGGCACUUGGAGAACAAUUGAUUUAUUCGAGCAAAUCAGCUAGAGAUUUAGAAGAUUUGGGUUGGAAUCGAUAUGCUAAUAAUGAUGAAGAAUUGCCUGAUUGGUUUGUUGAGGAUGAGAAGAAGCAUUAUAAAAAACAGAUUCCGGUUACAAAGGUUCGUGAUUUUUUGCAAGGAAAUGAUUGAAUUUUUGAGAAAGCUACUUUCACUCUGACAAAGAUUGUUCAAUCGGAAAAUAAACUGACUCCAAAAUACAUUUUGAAUAUUUUCAGGAACAAGUUCAACUUUACCGCGAAAGAAUGCGUGAAUUCAAUGCUCGACCAUCGAAAAAAGUGGCUGAAGCUAGAGCCAGAAAACAGAAAAAGUAAGAAAACCCUCUCCCCCUUUUCUUCUAAAUUUAAUUCUUUUAGGAUCAAGAGAAAGAUGGAAUCAGCCAAGAAGAAGGCUGAAGGAAUUCUUGAAAAUGAUCAGAUGGAACAUUCUGAAAAGAUUCGAGAAAUGAAAAAGGUUUAUGCGCAAGCAAAUCGAAAAGAAAGAAAGAAGACUGAAUUGGUUGUUAUGAGUAAAGGAAAGAAGGGAGUUACAGGAAGACCGAAUGGAAGAUAUAAGCUUGUUGAUAGGUAAGGAUUUGAGGGGUUUGGAGAACAUUUUGAUGGAAAUUGAGAUUUGAACAGAAUCUGGAGUUCAAGAGCAUUUUGAACCUAAAUAUGAAAAUCACAGAACUUUUUUUUCAAACUAUUAGAUUUCUAUACAACAGUUAAAGCAACUUUGAACAAAAAUCCAAAAAUUCAACCAAAAUAGUCACUUGAAAUGUACCCAAGAAAUCCCCCAUUUUUCCAGUCGUAUGAAGAAGGAUCUUCGCGCCGCAAAAGCCAAGGAAAAAACAAAAGGACGCGGUGGAAGAGGCGGCAAAGGAGGCGGCAAAAAGGCUGGCGGAAAAGCUGGAGGAAGAUCCGGCGGACGAAGAUAA